UUGCCUCUACCCGGAGGUAGGAACUUGGGCAGGCUUGUACUCAGCGUCAGUCUGUGUGUGAAUCUCUUUCAGUACACAACGCAUAAUAUGGCGCAGUUCUUCUUAAUAGUGUUUUUAUGUGGGGUGAUGAUAUGCGGCGCUGCUCCAGGGAAGAAAGUCGAAUCUAAUGACAUUCCAAAAGUGCUUCUGUCCGGUGACAGCGUAUCUGCCUCCUUUGGAGGUUACCACGCCAGUGCCGGUUUAGGUGGAACCCUGGACGGGGGCCCUGCUGGGGGUCUAUUUGCAGAGGCAGGUACUCCAGAUGGUACAGGCGCAUCAGCAGGGCUUGGAGGUUCAGUGGGUUCAGGAGGGGUCCUGUACAGCCAGGCUGGUGUCGGUGGCGAAGCAGCCACGGGGGGCGCUGCUUCUUCAGCGACGUCUUCAGCGGGCACUGACAACCGCCUGCCGCGCCCCACGAAGCGGCCCGCUGAUUUCUACGAUAACGUGUUUAACAUUCCUAUCUCAGUGCUGCAAGCGGUGAACCAACUCCUAGGUGGAACGUCUAAGAAAGGGGGUGCCAAGGAAGUGCACACCCGUGCUUAUGCAUCAUCAGACUCAGCAUCCUCGGCUUACGCUGGAGACGACGGUCAUGGCUCCAACACUGCUCCACGGCGUACAUUCUUCGACGACAUAUUCAAUAUUCCGAUUUCGGCACUUAGAUCAGUAAAUGACCUUCUAAACACGAAGAACCAAGGUGAACGGCGUUCCGUCCGUCUCUAACGUACUAAAGAAAACUUCUAACAGCUAUACGUAGAGAUUAUAAAAUGGAGGCGGGACCUGUAAAAUAAACACGCCAACGGCACCGUGACUACUGAGGAAGCUUAUAAUUGUAGGAAAUUACGGGCAAAUGUCUUAUUCUAUUUCGUUUUGGCAUAAACCUGU